AACUGGGAGAGUGGCUACAGCAGAUUCCAGGUAAAACAUCAGAGGAAGACUGUAGUCCUAGGAACAGCUAAGAUACUGCGCAGAACCCUCAAACUCCCAGGCCUCUGGUAGAGGACCAGAGCUGGAGGAUGACACAUACACCCAGCAAGGGGUGAGAGGGGGAUUUUCAUACAUAUAUACAGUAUUUUUAGAGUAUUAGAGUAUUUUUACAGUGUGGUCUUGGUACUUUUACUUAAGUAAAAGAUCUUAAUAAUUAAAUAAGUUAUAUAAACACAUCUUCAGAAGUGACACGAUGUUGAUCUCUUGCUCCUCUCUUGUUCUCUUAACAGAUGGAGCUCACGCUCUACAUAGAAACAGCACAACAGCGCUCUCUAGUGGCGCGUAGGACAAAUCAAGCCAUUCAGUCUAUGGUUUUCAGUUAAUGUAACGUUGGUCUGUGCAUUUAUUAUGAUAUUUUUAACUACAUGCUUCAACAUUAAAGUUUGAAGUAUCCAUAAUUAAUAAAACAACAAGGGGAAGAAAAGCUUCUCUCUGUGUCCCAAACAUGUUUCACUGUGAAAUCAGAAAGAUCCACCCCUAUAUAAAUGCACCGUAAAACUUUUCCGUCAUGCUCUCUUUGUUUGUUUUCUUUGUCUGCUUUGAGAGGUGUUCUGUUGCCUCUGUAGUCAUGCAUUUAACUGUAACAUCCCCUUAUGUUUAUUUAUUGUUUUUAAAGUGCACUUUGGUCACUGUUGGGGACUGAGGGAGUGGGGACAAAGUUCACAGGGCGCAUGUAAGGAGGAGGGGGUGAAGAGGAGGAAGGUUAAAAAAAAGAAAAUUGACCUUUGAAAGCAAAACAGCAGGUGGAGAGCUAAAGCCAGGCAGCUCCGGACACAUCAGAAGGAAAUUCAACCCAAGGAAAAUGAAAGCAUACGUCCUCUUGAGCUGAAGAGGGACUACAAAUAUAAUGAAGCCCAACGCUGGCUGUCUGGCCGUCAUUUGAGUGUGGUAGGGCACAUGAGAGCAGAGUUUGUUUGCGAGGCUGUAGCGAGGUAAGGUAUCAGAGUAAUGGAAGAGAGUGCAGCCAAGGCGAAGCCGAGCCGCUUGACCGCACUUCAGGAGCAGCUGGUCUGGGCCCUGCUGGGAUCUGGACUGUCCCAGGACGUCCUAGUCCAAGCCAUGGGUGAGCUGGAGCGAGAGAGGGCGAGUGCUGGCCCCGAGAAGGUAGAGAGGGGGGAUGGAGAGAGCUCCGAGGAAGGAGAAAUGGAUUUCCCACCGCCUAUAUUCCGAGAGCUGGAAAAGCUUUCAUCAGAAGAGGCGGCCAAACUGAGGGUUGAAGUUGACCAGCUACUGCAGGGGGAUCCCUGGCACGUUGCAAAAAUGGUAAAAAGCUACAUGCAGCAGCACAACCUCCCUCAGAGAGAGGUUGUGGAGUCCACAGGACUCAACCAGUCCCACCUCUCCCAGCACCUCAACAAAGGCACACCCAUGAAGAACCAGAAGAGAGCCGCUCUGUACACCUGGUACGUCAAGAAGCAAUGGGAGAUCAGCCAGCAAUUUACCAACGCCAAACAUGGCUUUGCAUCUGGGGAGGAGCAAGGAGAGGACACCAGGAAAGGACGGAGGAACAGGUUCAAAUGGGGUCCAGCGUCGCUGCAGAUCCUCUUCCACGCCUAUGAACGACAGAAAAACCCCAGCAAAGAGGAGAGAGAGGGGCUGGUGGAGGACUGUAACAGGGCAGAGUGUAUCCAGAGGGGGGUGUCUCCCUCCCAGCUUGCAGGCCUGGGCUCCAACCUGGUUACUGAGGUCCGGGUGUACAACUGGUUCGCCAACCGCCGCAAAGAAGAGGCCUUCCGUCACAAACUGGCUCUGGACACACCUUUUCCCAACCAAUCCGCCUCCUCUUCUAACCACGCCCUCCCACCAAGUCCUGAGCAUGUGUUGUGGGACCUGACAUCUUGUUUUCCAGGAGUGAAAUACAGCCACCAAAUCCUGUGUGACACCGUGAGCUCAGCCAGAGGUAACGGAGGGGAGAGGGUGGGACGUCUUGUAGUCAGCCCUAUCCAACUGGAGCCCAGCCACACACUCCUCGAGACACAUAACCACAAGCAGCUGUCCAGCAGUGGUCCACUGCCCCCAGUAAGCACUCUGACCUCGCUGCACAGUCUGUCUGCCUCGACUGCUUCCUCACAGAGCCUCAUCAUGGCCUCGCUGCCCAGCGUCAUGAGCCUGGGGGAGUCCUCACUUCUCAUCGGUUUAGCCUCCACGCCGCCUCAGACCGUGCCCGUUAUCAACAACGUUGGAGGCGCUUUCACCACUCUCCAGCCAAUCUCAUUCCAGCAGCAGCUCCACGCCUCUCACCAGCAGCCGAUAUCACAGCAGCUCCAGAGCCACAUGAGUGCCAGUCCCUUCAUGGCAACCAUGGCGCAGCUGCCGUGUCACAUGUACAACAAGUCGGAUUCGCCCCAGUACCAUACGUCCAGUCUGCUGUCUCAAGCCAUGGUGAUCACUGACAGCAGCAGCCUGGGGACGCUGACCAGCCUCGCUGCUGUCCGACAGAUUCUAACAGCAGAAUCUGAUGAACCGACGGAUCCACCUUUAGAAGACUCUCUACACCUGCAGCCGCACACACCUGUGGCAGGUACACAAUUCUUCUUCUGAGAGCCUAGAGCUGUAUCCCGCUUCUCAGCCGACAGACAGCCAUCAAUCUCACCUGCUCUCGCCUUCACCAACAGACAUCAGCUCCUACAUUCCUACACAAAUGGUCUCUACAGCGCAGUAGAAGCUGCUCUGGCAAUGUAGCGUCUCCUCACCGUCUGGACUCGGGAGCGUGGCGGCGUUUUGGAUUGUCAGCUACCUCUGGUGUGAACUCCACAGGGACGAGUUUCAAAGACUCUCUAAAAUGCCGUACCACUGUAAUACGAACAAGUAUCGACAUUAGAGAAGAUUCACUUUUGAUACAACAAUCAACUGAAAAUCCACAUCAAAAUGUAUUUUUUAUUCAAAUGUUUAGUGAUACUCAGAUAUUGUACAUGAAGUUGAAACUUUUAAACCGCAUGUUACCUGCAUUUUUUUAUGUCACUGCCUUGCAAUGCUUUUUCUUUUUUAAACACUCUUAAUGAGUAUCUUUCAUGACAAAAGACUAUUUUGAAAAUAGCCAUGAGAAAUGGUAUAAAAAGACUUUUCACGAAGAAGUGAA